GCAUCGCACCUUGCCUCGUCCCACUUUACCUCACCGCUUCUCGCCUUACCUCACCUACCGCAUCUCGCUGAACUGUACCGAACCGCACCGAACUGCACCGCAGAACUAGGCCGGUCGGAGACAGCGCACCCAACGCCGAGAAUGCCGGGGCCAAGGAGCCGUGGAGGGUCUUCUCGUCGCCAGAGGCAGAACCGCGCCCGCACCAGCACCAGCAGAGCUGAGCUGUCAUUCUCUGUGAGCCAUGUGGAGCGCCUCCUGAGAGAAGGCCACUACGCCCAGCGCCUGGGGUCGACGGCACCGGUCUACCUAGCGGCGGUCAUCGAGUACCUCACGGCCAAGAUCCUGGAGCUGGCGGGCAAUGAGGCCCAGAACAACGGUCAGCGGCGUAUCACUCCGGAGUUCAUCGACAUGGCACUCCAUAACAACGCGCUGCUGAGCAGUUUCUUCCAGAACACCACCGUCUCCCAGGUGGCUCCUUCACAGCAUUAGCUGCCCACCAUGACCGACCUGGGUCCCCAGGCCUCAGCCCUAGGGCACCAGGCCUGCUCACAGCCCGGGCAGCCUGGCCUGUCUUGUGCCUUGGGCAGUCAUUGAAAAAAGUCAAUAAAUUGUUUAAAGGAACCCAUGUGCAUUCUUCAGUCACUUUGUGUGGGAGGUGGUCAUGGGACAUAACUCGUUGGAUGGAUGGGGGUGGCGAGGGUGUCUGCUUUGGGGCGGGGGGGGGGGUAGCUGGAGUCAGGGAUGAGAGAGGAGCAGUCUCUCAUGGUGACAGUGCAGGGGGUGGACCUGGGUGGGAGAGGCUGGCUGGGGUGGGAGAUACACAUUUGAGAGUCAUCAGGAUAGUUCUUGAGGUCGUGGAUGUAGUGAGAUCAUGCAGGGAGAGCACAUAGAGAGAACACAGAAGGGAACCAAGGACAACUUCUUUUAAGGGGCAAGCAAACAAAGAAAAAAAUUCUUGGUCAGAGACUGGAGAAGUGUCUGCACAGAAGGAGAGGGCUGCGAGAGAAUGGAACCAGAAGGAGAAGGGAGCAAGGGGUCAGAAGGAAGACAGGACAGAGCAAGGAGUGGCAAACCCGGGAACAGCUGCUGAGUUCCAGAACAAUAGGCAUUAAAACGUACACACUGACUUGGGCAAUGAGAAUGUUGCUCGGGACCCUGACAAGAGCAACUUCAGUAAAGGGGUUGCAGGCAGCAACCAGGCCAGACUUGUACUAGAAGCUAAUGGAGAACUCUGAGACAUAUCCUUCCAAUACCUGGCAGCACGAUAAAUUUCUGUAUUAGACAGAAUUGGUCAGUACAUCACUCUCAAGCAAAGUUUUCUGCAUGCCUAGUGGAUUCUCAUACGGAAAACAUAUUUCAGUGUGAUAAGGAAAAUUAUCCUUAUAAAAGGGGGCAGCAAAUUAUCCUACUUUUCUUUCAUCUUAAAUUGUCUUGAUUUCCCCUGCGUUCUUUAAGGAUAAUUUCACUUUGUAGAGGAUUCUAGUUCUUUUUCUUUCACCACUUGAGAAGGGUCGCGCUACUACCUUUUGACCCCCAUGGUUUCUCAUGAGGAAACACUGCCAUUCUCCUUGCUUUUCCCAUACUAAGGUGUUUCUCUCUUGCUGCUUUCAAGAUUUUUCUCUAGGUUUUUAGUUUUCAGGAGUUUCACUAUGACAUAUGUUUCAAUGGAUUUCUUCAAGCUUAUUCUUUUUGGGUUUCACUCAGUUCUUAAGUCUGUAGGUUUAUGUCUUUUGCCACUCUUGGAAAAAAUUCAGCCAUCAUUUCUUUGGAUGCUUUUUCAGCCCAUCCCUUCUCCUCUCCUGUGGUAUACCAAUGAGACAAAUGUUGGCUCUUUUGUUAUAUUCCCACAGGUCUCCGAGGCUCUGUUCAUUUUUCACCCAUUUAUUUGGGUUCAGGCCACAUGUUCUGAUCAGCUCUCUAUGGUUUGUGGCUUACAUUCAGUCCUAUUUUGAAAGACUUCGCAGUGCUAUUGCGUUUGGUUAAGCAUGAUCAGCAAUUUGGGAGCUGGCAAGGUCUAGUUCAGUCUCAAAGUCUUUGCUAUGUUGUAUAGGAAGACAUCCAUGAAUGCACAGCUUGGUGCUGAGCCUCAAAGUUCAUACACAGCUUCCUGGCUUUAUGUUCCCAAGCUCCUUCCUUUCUGCAAUCUCCCCAGUACUUCUUGCUUCCCGGAGCUUCCCCUUUUCAAUCUUCUGGGUGGAAAGUUAUGACUUUAGUUAA